AUGCGCAAGGCGCUCCUCUCUUCGUCCGAGGUAUCGGCCCUCGUGUCCAUCAUCGUCGUUAUCCUAUUCACGCUCGCCCUCUUCCUCAGCGGCUACGCCCUCCAGCAGCGCACGCUGCAGGACCUCCGGGUUGCCAUUCGGCCGGGACACACGAAGCCGUCGCCCAAGGCGCACCUGCCAGACUACUUCAAGCGGGAGACGGUGCGGCUGCAGGACGGGACGGUGGUGGUGCGGGAGAGCCUGGCGGACAAGGACGAGAAGGCGCGCAUAGCUAAGAAGUAUGAGCUCCACGGGGACGAGGACAGGGCCAAGACGGAGCAGAAGCAGGGGGAUGACGCGAGACUGGCGCCGGAACAGCGAGCACAUGACGAGGCGCAGGCCGACGGAGGGACCAGGAGACGGGCGACAGAGGAGCAGUUGGCGAUGCUGGAGACGAUCAAGGAGCGGGCUGCUGGGCAGGCGUGGGGGGUGGACCAUCCUGAUCCGCUGGCCAAGAAUCCUCUUCCCGUCACGAGGGCGGAGCGUAGGAAGCUCAUCAAGGAUGAGAUUCAGAGGCUGGCGCAGGCGGAGAAGCCGGUGUAUUAUCAGCGGCGGCUGUGGUGA